GCGAAGUGUCGGUGCUGUAAGAGACCCCAAAAGGAUCAAGUCUAACAAUACUGCACAAAUAACAUAGCUUUAUUGUUUUAUCAUUUCCCCUCUCUCUUUCUUGUUAAACUAAACUCGCUGUUUCAGCUUCUUUCUUAAAACAAACAAACCUCUUCUUUCUUUAGGUCUAAAAAUGGGAGUUGAUUUGAGGCAAGUAGUGGCUGGUAUCCUCACACUCACCAUGUUUGUGAUGCUUGGUCAAAUGAUCAAAAGAGACCACUUUGAUUCUCUUCAAGAAAAACUUCCUGGAGAAGCUCAGGAUGCUCAACUUGAUAGUGCGAUUGUUAUCGAGAAGGAUGGCCUUGUAAAGCUUUCUAAGAGGAGCAAAGGUCCUUGGAUGGAGGAUAGUCAAGAGCUAAAACCAUGUUGGAGCAGGACGGCUUUUGAUGAGAUGGAGCAGUCAAGAGGUUAUGUUACUUUCUCUUUGACUAAUGGUCCAGAGUACCAUGUCUCUCAGAUAGCUGAUGCUGUAGUAGUAGCAAGGUAUCUAGCGGCAACUCUUGUACUUCCUGACAUUAGAGGAAGCAAACCUGGUGAUGAAAGAAACUUUGAAGAUAUUUAUGAUGUUGAGAAAUUCAUGAAAAGCCUGGAUGGGGUUGUCAAAGUAGCAAAAGAAUUGCCCAAUGAAAUAUCAAUCCGGAAUCUUGCUGCUGUGAAGGUUCCCAAUCGGGUCACUGAAGAUCACAUUGUGGGAAAUGUAGAACCAAUAUUUAAAUCAAAGGGCAACAUAAGGCUUGCAACCUACUUCCCUGCUGUAAAUAUGAGAAAAACUGCACAAAAGAGUAGUGUUGAUUCAGUUGCUUGUUUGGGAAUGUUUGGAACUUUAGAGUUGCAACCCGAGGUUAAUGAAGUUGUUGAUUCAAUGAUUGAACGGCUUAGAACUUUGAGUCGCAAAUCAAAUGGCCUGUUUAUAGCAGUGGACUUGAGGGUUGAGAUACUAGAGAAUAAGAAUUGUCAUGGAAGUGGUUCUACUGGAGCAAAAAGUUGUUAUAAUGCACAGGAGAUUGCUUUAUUUUUGAGGAAGGUUGGAUUUGAUACAGAUACCACCAUAUACCUGACUCAAUCAAGGUGGGAUGACAGCCUUAGUGUCCUGAAGGAUAUCUUCCCUAAAACUUACACAAAGGAAAGCAUAAUGCCAGAGGAGAAAAAGGGGAAGUUCCUUGAAUCAGAAGAUUCAGAAUUUGAAAAGGUUAUAGACUUCUACAUAUGUUCUCAGAGUGACGUUUUUGUUCCAGCCAUCUCUGGCCUGUUUUAUGCCAAUGUAGCUGGAAAAAGAAUAGCUUCAGGGAAGCCUCAAAUCCUUGUUCCAGCUGAUAUUCCUGGUACAUCUGCACCAGUCACCAGCUACCUCUCGCCGUAUGUUGCCAAGAAGAACCACUUGGCUUAUUCAUGUUUUUGCUGACCAAAUCUCCCUUUGGAAGAAACUUGGAAAGGCUGUUCUACACAUGCAUUUGUGGAAGCCUUCAUAAAAGGUUCUUGGGCCUUCCAGUUACCUCAGUCUGAGUCUUUUUGUUUUUCUUUAAUAUGUUUUUCAACAGGGGAGAAAUUACAGGCUUUGAGUCAAUAUGUGUCUUAAUGUGAUGCAAAACUUCGUUUCUAUAAUUUAUUCAUUGUUAUAAGGGUCCACAUUUUAUAAAUUUCCUAGCUUUAAUUGUAAAAAUAAUAUAUUAAAAGGAUUACUUUUAUAUGGAGAUGAUUAGUUAGAUGAAACACAAUUUCUUUUUAUUAGGAAUGUGGGCUAAUGUUUUGAA